AUGUCUAUACGGUUCGAAAGGAUACCGUUUUUUGCCUUUCAGACCUGUCUGCCCAUCCCCAACUCAUGUUUGUCCCUCUCGAAAUUCCCACCUCAGAGCCUGCAUUCUCAACCGGCCAGUUCGACUAGAGUCAUGAGGACACGCAGACGUUCGCCUCGUUCCCAGCCAACUUUACUCGUGCCUCUCGGCCUCACGACGACAGUAAAAGUCGUCUUCGGUGAUCUUUUGUGA